AUGUCAGCUCCAGAAACGGGUAAUAGGUGGGAAGACAAGGAUAAGGAUGAGGAUGGAGAUGAGGAUGAGGAUGAGAACGGAGAGGAGAAGGAAGAGGAGAAGGAAGAGGAGGAGAGAGAAAAGGGAACAAGGGAAGUCAGAUCAGAAGAGGAUAUCGAAAAGGAGGGGGAGGAAGAAAGUGGUGAUGUGUGGAGAGAGGCGGAGAGGUGGAGCGGAGUGGAGUGGGCAGCAGCGUGUGUGCUACGCCAACAGAGGACCGGUCGAGUCUCUGAGUCGACUCUGAUUCUAUGGAAUUCUGAUGAUGAGGAAUAUGAAGAUGGAAGAGAUGAAGAUGAAGAUGAAGAUGAAGAUGAGGAUGAGGAUGAGAACAACAAAAGAUGGGAUGGAAGUAUAGACUAA